AUGGCUUCGACAGCAGUUCCGAAGCAUACAGAAUUAAACGGCGAGAUGUCGUCGUGCGUGUUCCCGUGUAAAAAGUCCAAAAUGGGAAAUAAUACAGUGACUGUUGUGUUAGGUGCUCAGUGGGGCGAUGAAGGAAAAGGCAAAUUGGUGGAUUUGCUCGCCGUGAAUUCCGACAUAGUUUGCCGGUGUCAGGGCGGGAAUAACGCCGGUCACACAGUAGUUGUCGACGGCAAAGAAUUCGAUUUUCACCUGCUGCCGAGUGGAAUUAUCAACAAGAAAUGCAAAUCUGUGAUUGGAAAUGGUGUUGUGAUCCAUCUGCCGGGUCUUUUCGAGGAGCUGAAGAAAAACGAGUUGAAAGGCAUGCAGGACUGGCAGGACCGCCUUAUCAUAUCGGACAGGGCACACCUCGUCUUGGAUCUACACCAACAGGUGGACGGUCUACAAGAGGCGGAGAAAGGCAAAAACUCAUUGGGGACCACAAAGAAAGGGAUCGGCCCAACAUAUUCAUCCAAAGCCUCGCGAAACGGUAUCCGGAUAGGUGACCUACUUGGAGACUUUAAUCUAUUCGAAGAAAAGUUUCGCACCAUAGCCGAGAGCUAUAAACGCAUGUUCCCCUCCCUGGAGGUGGAUGUAGACGCAGAGUUAGCCAGGUACAAAGAGUACGCUGACAAGAUCCGUCCUUUGGUGAGAGACACGGUGUCAUAUCUCCACCAUGAAAUAAGGAGUGGGAAGAAGGUGCUAGUCGAAGGCGCCAAUGCUGCUAUGCUGGACAUCGAUUUCGGCACAUAUCCGUAUGUGACGUCAUCCAACUGCAGUAUAGGCGGUGUUUGUACUGGUUUGGGGCUGCCACCGAACGUGAUCGGCGAAGUAUUGGGAGUGGUGAAGGCUUACACCACGCGAGUUGGCGACGGCCCUUUCCCUACGGAACUAAUUGAUGAGACCGGUAAACUGCUACAAGAACGCGGCCAUGAGGUUGGCGUUACCACGAAGCGCGUGCGUCGCUGCGGCUGGCUCGACCUCAUCGUCGUACGGUACACGGCCAUGGUCAACGGGUACACUGCGUUAUGUUUAACGAAGAUGGAUAUAUUGGACACAUUGAGUGAGAUCAAAAUAGGUGUGGCAUACAAACUGAACGGGAAAAUAAUAGACUACUUUCCCUCAUCAAUGACGGAACUAAGUAAUGUGGAGGUGGAGUACGUGACGGUGCCUGGAUGGGCGUGCAACACUGAGAAUGUACGGGACAUGGAAAAUCUGCCAUCGCAGGCCAUAGACUACGUCAAAAUCAUUGAAAAGUUCCUUGGCAUACCUGUGAAAUUUAUAGGCGUCGGACCAGGCCGAGACAGCAUUAUAAACACCGUUUAA